UCAGUCUUUUUCUGACAGUGUGCGCGAUCAACAGCGAUAACAGCUGAUCAUUUAUUUUGGACGGAGACAGGGCACGCGUGCAUUUGGCAAAAUAAUAAGACGUAGUUAUCAAACCAUUAUUGUAUUUCACCAAUUUUUGUCGUGAGGAAUUUUCAUUAUAAGAACUACAAAAAGACUGAAAUCAAAAGAGUAGACUUGACACUGUGGAACAAAAGAGAUACAAAAAAGUCACAAAGAGAUAUAAAAAAAUAUACAGCAUCGUAACUGAGCAAAGAAAAACAUCGCCAGAAGCAUGUCGACCUCAUUGGAGAGUCUUACGAUUAAGCAGCCUAUUAGACGUCUGGAAAUCCAGAUCAAUAAUUUCAAUGUUGCUAUUCCACAUCAUGUAAAUUUGUUAAAGCGACAUAAGAACAAUAUUAAGAAGUAUCAAGAUCAGCAUGAUUGGGAGCAGGUACGGAAGGAACAUGUAAAUGUCUCUCGGAUCGUCAAGCAAUUGAAAGAGUUGUUGUAUCAGAUGGAUACUCUUAGAGCACAGGUCCUCGAUGUUGACAUUAGUAAAUUUGACAAAUUGACAACAAAUGCACGAUCAAGCAUCAUGAGCGCGAUCGAAGAAUAUCUAGAAAUGGAACUGAAUUUUUCGACAUCACCACCUAUGUCACCUAUAAACAAAGAGAUCCAGCCAGAUGAAAUCGAACAUCCACUUGACAACAGAAGUAUUCAGCUGCAAGCAGAACAGGAAAAUUUGCAGCGUCAACAGACAUGUCUGCAUGUCUGGAAUCGUCUGCAGGGGGAUAUACAACAGUUGCACGAACUUUUUACCGAAUUUAACAAAGUUGUAUAUGAUCAAAAGGAGAUGGUAGAUAAUAUGGAAGAUAAUAUUGAAGAAACUCAAAUAAACGUGAAUGAAGGAGCAAAAUACCUGCAAAAGGCUUCCGCAUAUAAAGUUGCUGCAUAUCCCCUAGCAGGCGCUAUGAUAGGCACAUGUAUUGGAGGACCAAUAGGUUUAAUAGCUGGACUGAAAAUUGGAGGUCUUGCUGCUGUAGGUUGUGGCAUUUUAGGUUUCACAGGAGGAUCAUUAUUAAAAAAGAAACAAAUAGAAUCGCGAAAACAAGAACCAGGUUUAAAUAAUUCGACAAUAGAUCUCACAAGUGUUAAGAAAUCUGCUUCUUGUCCUGACGAUUUAAAACAAGAUAAAAAACAUUUAUGACAAACAAUGACUUUUUCGGCAUGUGAUAUCAAUUUUAAACAUAAA